ACUACUACUGUCUGCUGGCCAAUGAGGCAAGAGCGGGGCGGAGAGCCGUCUGCAAUUGUACUACAGGACUGCAUGCAGCUGCAUGAAGCUAGCAUCUUCAAUUCUCCAUAAGCGUCUCGCUCAUCUGGUCAAUGGAUUACACAGUUUCCCUUCAAGUGCAACACCAGCUGACAGUGUUCCCAACGCACUUGUACCAGGGUUACAGUUUGGAGUUACAGGAUGUCAAUGAGGAGGCGGCUGGGAUGGAGAAUCUCUCAGAGGAUGGGUUAACUAAAGCCUUAUGUAUGAAGUCACCCGAAGUGGACCAGAGCCUCUUCACAGACAGCUACUGCAAGGUGUGCAGUGCACAGCUCAUUUCCGAAUCUCAGAGGGUUGCCCAUUAUGAGAGCCGAAAGCAUGCAAAUAAAGUCCGCCUGUAUUACAUGUUACACCCUGUGGAUGGAGGUUGCCCAGCUAAGAAGCUCAGAACAGACAAUGGAAGUGAGGAGGGCGACGUUGACAAGAACAAGUGUUGCACUCUGUGCAACAUGUCCUUCACCUCGGCCGUAGUAGCACAGUCCCAUUACCAGGGAAAGAUCCACGCCAAGAGACUAAAACUGCUACUGGGGGAACAACCUGCCAUCACAGCCAAAGAGGUGCCCCCGAGUCCCGUGAAGGCCCCCUCGGAAGCCUCGCCCAUGGCCUCGCCCCGGCAGCGCCGUGACUCGGACCGCUACUGCCAGCUAUGCAACGCGUGGUUCAACAACCCCGGCAUGGCCCAACAGCACUACGACGGCAAGAAGCACAAGAAGAACGCUGCCCGCGCCGACCUUCUGGAGCAGCUGGGCAAGACUCUGGACAUGGGAGAGAUGAAAGGUCUCAAGCGCAGCUACACCUGUGAUGUCUGCAGCGUAACGCUCAACUCCGUGGCGCAGUACCACGCACAUCUGCAGGGCUCCAAGCACCAAAACAACCUAAAGAAUCAGUUGUGUGUCCAGUGAAUCUAGACGAGAACCCACGAUUGGAUUGAUGUCAGACAAGCUGUGGUCGGCUUGCCCUGCUGUUCCUGCCUCUUCCCGUACCUCUGUUCUUUUCAUCUGUUCACUCUCUUUCUCUCUCUGUCUGUCUCUCUCACACACACACACAAACACUCUCUCGCU